GGAGCGAGGACCGAUAAUUCCAAUCCUAGGUUAUACUUGGAGUACCAACUUCGACAGGGCUACACUUGUUUCAACCUAUGAGGCGGUGCGCUAUGGACGGCUGCAGCCUGGUUGAGUAAUUGGACGACUCGAGGGAGGCCUCAAUGCGCCAACCAAUUCAAGAGGCAAACUAGGACAUCUUAUAGCCUCAUCAAUGAGUCAGGAUUGCUCUACCGGUUGAAUUAAAGCCGAAUCACCUAACCAUCAAGCAAAUGUUGCCUGCUACUAGCCUCUCUCUGAAGCCAGAAAUCAUCGGUCGUCUCUCAUGCUCAGCGUGCUCGACUUGUUCAUACACUCUGAGCAGAACUCUACACUCAUACCUUCGAGCAUCAUAUGCACUGGCUCGCAAUCUAGCUACCAUGGCUCCGAGGAACAAAGGCAAAAUCAAAAGCCACCAGAAACAAUCAGCGCGACGCCCGACACAUUUUGUCUGUUUCCCACUUGUUACUAACCAGUCGGUCCAACAGUUGAAACAGUCGCUGGCCAAAUUCAAGGAGGUAACGAUGCCGCGUGACAAAAAUGUGGACACAGUUCAAAAUACUGAAGUCGGUCCAGAACUGACGACCUCAUCAUCGCUACGGCUCCUUCCCGCUGCAGCACAUCGUCCUCCAGGGACCUUUCAUUUCACCUUGGGCACCAUGGAUCUGUCAGAGGACGCCGAUAUGGAGCGUGCAUUGAGACUCCUUCAAGAAAUCGACUAUUCAGCCUUGUACAGUCAGACAGUAGCAGCAUUGUCAGCGAGAGGCGUCCAAGGGGAUCGGUCACGUCACAAUAAGGUAGACGUCGUCGGAGAAGCCUCGAAUACAGAUUUGUCCACAGCCUCGACAACGACAACGACAACAACUUCGGUAUCAAUACUCUCUUCAUUGACCCGAGACAUCUCACCACCUCGCCGAGCCCUGUUCACGUCGCAAGACUCCCAUCUAUCACCUCAAGCACAGCCCCCAUCACAAUCUCUACAUCCGUUGCAAAUAACCCUGCACUCACUCGGUACAUUCCCCACGUCACGGUCAGCACGCGUCUUCUACGCCGAACCGGCUGAACCUACAGGUGUGCUACAAGGGUUCGGCGAAUUGAUUCGCAAAGUCUUCAAGGACGAAGGACUCAUCACCGAGACCCGACCGUUGGUUUUACAUGCCACAGUGGCGAAUUUGAUCUAUGUCAAAGGAAGGGGUAAAGGAAAAGGCAAGAGCAGCGAUGGUGGAAAUGUUGAUGCUAGGGAGAUUCUAGACUUGUUUAACCACAACAGUCAAAACGCCUCGAGUUUGGGUUUGGAUUUGGGUUCUCCAUUCAUUUGGGCUUCAGACAUCCCUAUCGACAGAAUACGUAUCUGUAAGAUGGGAGCGGAGAAAUCUGAUAAUCCGGAUUGGGGAUUAGAGUAUCGUCCAAUUGGCGAGAAGGUCUUUGUUUCUUAGGAAAGACGGAGGAUAAAAGUCAUGUGGGCAUAGAGUUGAACGGAAUAUGUUCUACGUAAAGAGUGUACGGCCUCCUGAACGGAACGCCGUUGGGCAUUAAUAUAGAUUAUUG